CUUAUUGUCACAUAUUAUUUAUUCAAAUGCUGAGAGAUGGAGGUCGGACGUGAAUUCAUUGCCGGUUGGUGCGCAGGAUGCGCUGGAGUGAUUGUCACACAACCGUUGGAUACUGUGAAGGUGAGAAUGCAAGUUCUCUCUUCAGGAAGAAAACCAGCUGUCACCACAUCGUUAUCCUGUUUUUACAAUAUCAUCAAACAUGAAACGGUAUUCGGUUUGUUCAAAGGCAUGGCACCUCCUCUUGCUGCUGUGGCCCUGCAGAACGCCAUUUUAUUUGGAGUAUAUGGUAAUGUACUGAAAAUGUUCUCAUCCGAGAAGGGGGACAAGCCAGCGCUGUCUCACGUCUGUGUGGCCGCGGCUGCCUCGGGAGCCGCUCAGCUCUGGGUGGUGAGUCCUAUGGAACUUAUCAAGAUCAAACUACAGAUGCAAACCGAAGUUUCGUUAGGAAAGCAUGGGAAAUCUUCGCACUAUCGCGGAGCUCUAGAUUGCAUCCGCAAGAUUUACAAGACGGCCGGUAGCAGGGGAUUUUUCCAAGGAGCUACACCUCUUGUUUUCCGGGAUAUCCCGGGCUUUGCCGUUUACUUUGCAUCAUACGAGAUCCUUCUGGAUGCGCUCUCACAAAAAAAGUCACGCACUGACAUGCAACCGCUGGUUACAGUGUUCGCUGGAGGCCUUGCUGGAAUGAUAAGCUGGUUCUCCACUUUUCCGUUUGACGGCAUUAAGUCUCGUAUGCAGGCAGAUGGGAAUAAAGGACUUUUUAUCUACAAAGGAACUGCGGAUUGUUUUCUUCAAACGUACAGGGCAGGAGGCUUGAAAAGUUUUUACGCGGGCCUAGGACCAUGCUUACUACGAGCGUUUCCACACAACGCAGUUCUUUUCCUUGUGUACAACUUGGUCUCGAACUGGUUAGGAGAAUCGCAUCUCAAUAAUGGCCACAAUUUAAAUGUGGAUUAAUUAGAGCCAAAAGAGAACAGUUAGUUGGUUAAGCGUUUUACCUUCAUUUACCAACAUUUAUGUACGAAGUGUAAUAGAAACGGAGAAAGUAGAUUGAUUCCUCUUUUAAAUUAAAUGAACUAGAAAUUUAACAAAUUAUUAAACUUGCGGAAUUUAUUUGCAAUAACUUUUUCCCAAGAGUUUCCUCAUUCAAUGAUGUCUAUUGAACUUAUACUGAAUUCAAUAUGCGGCACAUUUCGAUACGUUAUUCAGCGAUGAAGAAAACUUUUAAAAAAUUCGUGUUAAACCAUACUUGUUUGGGAAACUUCACGUUGCCAUGUUUUCAACCAAUUAGAUGCAAAACUUAAACCAGACGACACUCUACACAUUUUCCUUUGUUUUGAGAAAACAAAAAAGUCUUAAUAUGAAUUAGUUUCUCAGCUGUGUCAUACAAAAUCAGUGUUACAGCUAAGCUACCCAAGUACGAGAGUACGUAGCCUGUUGCUGGCGUUCAGGUAAUAACGGGAAGCUCAUACU